AAAGAUUAUGUAAUAUUAGGGUGGCCAUGGGGUGGCUCAUGGAAUCCGCGCAGCUUUAGACUUUUAUUAUGACACACGGCCCUGCACGCAUACCCGGAAGUGAACCUGGAUGCCGACAACAACAACGAGCUCUGCCGAAACGCGUCGGUGUCGUAAAACAGGUUUUUUGGGCGAUAAAACAUAACGACAGUUUAUUUAUUAUUAGAUAUAUAUUAGCGCACGUGCCGUCGCCGGUAUUUUCCGAUAUCUAAACUGGGGAGUGAGAAAAAACCCACAUAUACACAUAAAUACAUCGUGAUCGGUCACGUCCCGACUUGUCGGCUGUCUGUGCGGCUAUGGAGAUGUCCAAAGCGGAGCGUUUGAACGAGCGCGUGAACGAGCUUCUGGCGGCGGCGGUGCAGCGCGUGCUGGAAGCGGUGCGGGACACGGUGCGGGAGUACGAGGAGACGAGUGUGCGCACGCGGCGGGAGAACGAAAGACUGCGGCGGAGGGUGCACGAGCUGCAGGAGCAGCUGGACAGAGACAGGGACAUCGCAGUUUCGCAGAUCACAGCUCAGCUUAGAGUUUCUCCUCCUCCCGCGCUGUCCGGACAGAAGAAACCGUUGUUCAGCCGUCAGUCAGAGGACAAGCCGUGUUUCAAAGAAGAACCCCUGAAUGAUGGCCAGAACGGAUCGCUUGCGGCUGAAAUCAAAACAGAAACGGAACAAUCCGACUACCCGGGUGUAAACGAACCCGUCCUGGAACCGGUCCUCCAGAACUCCUACUUCUCCUGCACGAAUUUGCAGUUUCACCCCUCCCAGAGCGAGGCAGACUUCCCUGCAGCCCUGUGCAACAACAAUAACACCGCAGACACUCUGGACACGUUCGUGGAGCACUUUCCUUUUGAGGACGACGCGUGGAGACAGCAGAGCCGGGCGGACGAGCGUCACGUCUGCCUGUUGUGCGGAAAAAACUUCAACCGUCUCGCCAACCUGCGCAUCCACCAACGCUGCCACACGGGCGAGAAGCCGUACAUGUGCUCGCACUGCGGCCGCCGCUUCAGCCACAGUGGGAACCUGCAGAAGCACAAGCGUGUGCACACGGGCGAGAGGCCCUACCACUGUCCGCAGUGUAGCAAGAGCUUCUGCCAGUCCAGCCACCUCAAGAAGCACCAGAUGGUCCACACGGGGCGACACGUCCCUAUUCAGAGGAGAAACCUGGAACUCUGAAGGAACCUCAACAGUAAUCAUGGGAUUUUUUUUAUUCAUUUUUCUUUUUGCAAUUGUGGCUCCCCCUACUGCCCAGUCCUAGAACGUUCAAACCGUUCAUAAGGCUACAUAACACCUACAUAAGACCAUGACCGUAUCCAUGUCUGCAACCUUUUAUUUACGAUAUUACAGACGAAAGUAUUCCACCACCCAUUUUUGAUUCUUCUCCCGAGUGUUGUUCUCCUUCUCUGGCUUUACUCAGACCCAAAACUGUUCCAGCAUGACGAUGCUCCUGCUUCAUGAAGAUAUGCUUUCCAUGGAGCUCGAGUGAAUAAUCUCCUGCUUUACCACACCCCCAGGCCUCUUCUCCUCACCUGACUUACCAGACGCCCUUGUGGUCAAAAGAGGAAUUUUUUUCCCCAGAAGAGUGGAGUUUAUUUAUAAGAAGAAAUGGAGAAUAGAUGUGGAAUGAAAAGAGAAAAAAAAAAAAAAAAAAAGGGUGUGGGAUUAAAAAAUGUUGGGAAUUUUUAGGACUGGAAACUUUCUGUGGAAAUUAACUGGAACAAACUGGUUAUUUCAAGAGUUAAAAUGUGGUUGAAAAAAAAAUCUUGCAGUAUAUUUUUGUUUCAAACAUCCAGACUUGAUGCAAUUUCAGUUGAGGGCCCUGAAGUUACGCCCCCUACAGGGUUCCUACACAUUUUAAAAAUGUAAAAAAUUGUUUUGGGGGGUGGGGGUGUUAUUAAAGAUUUUUUUCAUGGAGUCAGGCAAAAUCUGCCCUGACAGUACAGCGCCCCCUACUGCACGACCUCUGAAUUCUAGAGAAACUAUGGCACGUCAGAAUGAAAAAUGUGUAGGAACCCUGCGUUCGCAUAAAUGACAGAAAUGUCACGUACGUUUAUGUUUAAAACUUUCUUGUGCUGUGUUUAAAGCUAUUGUGGAAACAAAAUGAUAUAUUUUACGAUAGGAUCAAAGUAAAAAAAAAUGUCUAUAUUUGUAUUUUUUCCUCCCCAAAAAAAUUCUAAUGAAUUCCAAUAAAUUCCUUGUCACUCGGAAUAUUUCCCAAAUUCCCCAGAUGAAGUUCCCAUAGAAAACGUUCUGGAAAUUUGCUGACAUUAUUUUCAGACCCUACUCGGGUGUCCACAAACUUUUGGUAGAUGUAGCAUAUGUCACAUUGUAACUGAUAUAAUCAAGAAGCUUUCUGACCCUGUGGUCAUAAAGGGCUUAUGUAGGGGUUAUGCAGGUGUAAUGUCGCUCUAUGAACUCCUGGGGAUCUUUUUAUCCAGUACUCGGAUUCUAAUGUCACGGAAGUUGUACAGAUACAGGGUUUACGAAACCCCGGCGACGGAUUCACCACAUGUCCGUGUUCGUGUGGGGUUCGGGUUUUUUUUUUUCUGAGAUGAAUCGAAAAGCAAACAAAAGUCGUCCGUGUUUCGAAUGUUAUCAUUGUUGUUAUUACACUUCUGAUUCAAUGUGUUUCAGCGGCCGCAGCGAAACCUCUGGACGCGAACCACAUAACAUGAUACCGUGUAUAAAUUCCUGUUUGUAUGUUCUAGAUGUCAUUUAAAGAACAAUAAAGGGUGAAAUUGUUUGUAACGGAAAA